UGAUGCUGCUGGGUAUCCCCAGUGCUGCUGGAGUGUCCCCAGUGCUGCUCAGGAUGUCCCCAGUGCUGCUGGGGGUCCCCAUUUUCACCCCUCGCUGUCUCUCUGCAGGCAGCGAUGCCCCUGGAGCCCCUGAUCUGCUCUGACACUGCCACACGGGUGAGCUCCGUGCUCAACCGGGAUGUGAAGCACUUUGGGAAGAAGCACAUGUUCGAUGCGAGCGAGGAGACGUGUUGGAACUCGGACCAGAGCCCUUGGUGUCGUUCCUGCCCCCAGGGCACGUGCCAAUGGGUCACGCUGGAUUUCCCCGGCUCUGUCAAGAUCUCGCAGCUUCACAUCCAGUUCCAGGGGGGAUUCUCCAGCCAGCUGUGCACACUGGAAGGGUGCAAAGCAGGCGAAGAACUGGAGCGAAUCUCCACCCUGUACCCCAAGGACAGCAACGCCAUGCAGAUAUCCUUUGCUGGGCUGCGUCGAGCCCCUUGGCAGAGGGGUUCAGAGCCCCCCGAGGUGGUGGAGGGCAGGGGGGGCUACAGCAGAGCUGUGAUUUAAAUGUAGACCUGUGGGGGCUGCUGCUGCAGCUGCUCAGCAGAGCUGGAGCUGCUCCAGACAUCCCCAGCCAUGGUGCACCCCUUGGAGCGGGUCUCCACGUGUCCUGGCACCCCCCUGCCUGUUUCAAUCCUUUACGGGCCCCGCACAGAUUCCAGGUGGAGGAGACGGUGCUGGAUAAGCUGAAGAUCACGUUUGAGAACAGCACUGACUUCUUUGGGAGGAUCGUUGUGUAUCACCUCGGGGUGCUGGGGGAGAGGCUCUAGGGGAGCACAGGGGCGCUUCUCCCCAUUGCCUGUGUGCCCCGUAUGGAGGGGGGGACAGACAUACAGCCCCCAGCUGCACCCCGAGGCGCUGAGAGGAACCCCCUGUCCCAUGGGAUGGCAGUGACAGAGGGAGACUAGUGCAGCGAUCCAUGGGCUGGACUUUGAGCCCAUGGUGCGACACAGCCUGUGUGACUGGAUGAAUAAAUGAUGUCCCUGCUC